CGGUCGAGCAUAGAGUGGCGAAGGACGUUAGUUCAGGGAGAGAACGAGAGAGCAGGGUGCCGUGAGUAAGCAAGAAAAGAGGGCGAGCGAGAGCAAUGGCGGACGAGCAGACACCCCUCCCCGGGGAGGCAGAGCCCUCCUGCCCCGGAUGCCAGGGCCGGGACCCCCUGGCGCUCCCCUGCGGGCACCAGCUGUGCGAGUCCUGCCUGCAGCUGUGCCGGAGCGAGCUCGGGGAGAGCGGCUGCACCGUCUGCUACGGCCGGGACGUCCUGGACAGCGUGGUGAAGGGCCUGCUGGACUCCCUGUUCUGCGGGCAGCCCCGGCGGGACGCGGCGGGCGGCAGGGGGGGACACGGAGGGCUCUGCGCCCUCCACGGGGAGAGGCUGACGCUGUUCUGCAUGGAGGACGAGGAGCCCGUCUGCACCGUUUGCCAGGCGGGAGAGCACGAGGAUCACGAGUGCCGCAGCACGGAGGAGGCCGUGCAGGACUGCAAGAAGGAACUGAAGUCUGCACUGAAACCCUUACAGGAGAAGCUGGAGGCUCUAAACACAGCCAAGCAGACCUGUGACGAAUCCGCAGACCACAUUAAGAGCCAGGCCCAGCUCACAGAGAGGCUGAUUAAGGAGGAGUUUGAGAAACUCCACCAGUUCCUGCGGGACGAAGAGGCGUCUUUAGUAGCCGCCCUGAAGGAGGAAGAGGAGCAGAAGAGUCAGAAGAUGAAGGAGAAGAUUGACAAGAUGGCCAAUGAGAUCGCCUCUCUUUCAGACACGAUCAAGAUGGUAGAGGAGGAGAUGGAGGCGGAGGACAUUUCUUUCCUGCAGAACUUCAAGGCGACCGUGGAAAGGGCCCACUGCACAACGCAGGAUCCAGAGACGGGCUCCGGGUCGCUGAUCGAUGUGGCCAAACACCUGGGCUCACUGAAUUACAGAGCCUGGGAAAAGAUGCAGGGGAUUGUUCAGUAUGUCCCCGUGACUCUCGACCCCAACACGGCCGACACCUGUCUCAUCGUGUCGGACGACCUCACCACGGUGAGGUACACGGACGAGGAGCAGCACCUCCCCGACAACCCGGAGAGGUUCAACUACUAUGAGUGCGUGUUGGGCUCGGAGGGCUUCGGCUCGGGCAGGCACACCUGGGACGUGGAGGUGGGGGACAAUUCGGAAUGGGCCCUGGGCGUCGCCAAGGAGACGGUACUGCGGAAGGAGUGGUUCCCCCUGAGCCCCGAGCGAGGCCUGUGGAGCAUCUGCCUGUACGCGGGGGAGUACCGGGCGAGGGCCCCCAUCUCCAUCCCCAUCACCGUCAAGAAGAAGCCCCUGCGGGUGCGAGUACAGCUGGACUGGGACAGGGGCAAGGUCACCUUCUCCGACCCCAGCGACAACACCGUCCUCUACAAGUUCCAGCACCGGUUCACGGAGAGGGUGUUCCCGUACUUCUCCAACACCUGCAAGCACCACCCGCUGCGUGUCCUGCCGGGGAGGGUGUCCGUCAGUGCAGAAUAGCCCCGGCGGGCGUGCCAAAAAAAACCACGCAUGCUGUAGAAGAUGAACUCAUAACCCGACGAAAAGUGCUUCAGAGGCAGUGAGCGGCUAGGACCUGUAACUGAGCCUUUGGCUGCAUAUUGUGUUGAAACCUUUUUUUUACUGUAGUGUGAUGUAUUUAAUUGUAGCGAUUUUAAGCACAAUAAAUACAAAGCAGAAUUUGGAGAAAACCCCUCCCAGCAUUUUGUGUUAUGCGGUUCUUGGCAAAGUAGUACAGAGGUGGGAGUAACUGAAAUUUAGUUUGCUGAAACCGACAUGGAUAUUCGCUCAUCUUCCUCCCAUUCCCCUUGACCUGUCUCCUUUGAAUGGCAUUCGAAUCCAUUUUGAAGGCAUGAGUGGACUGAAGCCCUAAGUGUUGAUGCAUGCUGUUACUUACACUAAAGAUUGGCAAUGCAAAAUCUGCAACUGUGGCUGUGGACAUGGUGCGCUCUGCGUUUUCCGGAAGGAAAUGAAGAAACAGGAAAAAGCUGUGAAAGGAAGAGGAGGUUAUAUGAUGAAUAGUGUUUUUGUUUUUUGUUUUUUUUUUUGCCGGUGGUGCUGUUAUUUUGUAUUUUCCCUUCAUAUGAAGCCUAUACGAGUUCAUAUUGUGGGAUCUGGGCAUAGACUUAAUAAAGAAAUCGAGUAGCAUACCCCUGCGUUUUGCAAGCUUUCUGCUAAAUUGCCCACAAGGACGAUGCAGUUCAAUUCCAUGCAGAAGCCCCCGGGUGGCUUUUUCGACUAGGCCGCACCUGCCGCUGUCUGUCAGCGCGGGCCGAGACCACGUGACCCUCGAUGGAACGCCGGAGGGGAACUCGAUGCCCCUGCUGCGAGCGCUCCGGCGGUUUUGGCGCCCGGACGUGUUUGUGACCUUCCAGUCUCCGUGCUUGCUUAGACAGACGUGCAGAUGGCUGCGACUUGCGUGACUCUCGGCCAAGAGCGCAUCGGAGAGAGAGAGACACACACACACAAACACAGGGCAGAGGCAGCUGUGGAACCUGUUUGUUUUUACCCUGCAAUGCGCACUUAGCAAUAAGUGCCCUGUAUUCGAAACGACUCGGCUCUGCUGCCAAAUAUUUACACCCUGAGGCUUCCGCCCUCAAUUAUCAGGCUGAGUUAGAGUAAUUGCCUUCUAAAAUUUCUGAACGUACCAUCUCUUUUUUUGGCAGAUACCCUCACUCAAGGUGAUUGGUUUUCAAGAGCAACAACAGGAACUAUUCCAGAGAUAACCGAGUGCAAGCACAGUGAAUACAAAUAGUGACAAAAACUAGACAACUAGUGCAAAAACAGAAAAAAAUAUAGUUUAUCAAGCUGCAGUCAUAACAGUAGUAACUGUAGUAUCACUACACUGAGGUAUCAACUACUGUGGACAGAGUUAACAGCAAAUAAAAUAAAUUACACAAGGUAUGAUGUGUCACAUUAAGAUGUAUUCAUUUGCACACAUAAGAUAUUUAUGACUGGGUUGGAGGAGACAGUAUGUGAAAUCCGUUUUUGCUCUAUUGCCAGUGGAUAGAGCUGGGGGAUCCACUCUAACAUCACACCUGCGUCAUGUCCCGUAGGGAAAAAAGAGCCUGACAAAUUUCUGCCCCUCUGAAUUAUUUCAAACAAAUGUGCAUUCUCUUUAAAGGCAAUAACUGCUCCUGCAGUAUGUGAUCUCUUCAGACUGGUGAAAUAUGCUCACCAAAGCGGG